AUGAAGAUCGGCCUUUGCGCUUACAGUGGUUACAAGAUUUAUCCUGGCCAUGGUAAAACCAUGGUUAAGGUAGAUGGCAAGUCUUUCACAUUUUUAAACUCAAAAUGUGAAGCUGCGCAUUUAAUGAGGAGAAAUCCCCGUAAAGUAACAUGGACUGUAUUGUACAGACGUAAAUUCAAAAAGGGCCAGGAAGAAGAACAGGCCAAGAAACGUACACGUAGAACCCAAAAGUUCCAAAGGGCAAUUGUUGGGGCUUCAUUGAGUGACAUUAUGGCCAAGAGAAACAUGAAGCCAGAAGUAAGGAAAGCUCAAAGGGAACAGGCUAUCAAAGCUGCAAAGGAGGCCAAGAAGUCCACUAAAGCUGCCAAGAAAGCAACUGCACCACCUACAAAAGUUAAAGCUCCUCCUAAGGGUAAGGCUGCUAAAGCCACACAAAAACCAACAACUCGCAUUGGAGGAAAGCGAUAA